GCCGCACGCGUUUCUCUUUGAGGAAGACGCGGUCGCAGCCGGAGCGGUGCUUUGGAGGCUCCCGCGCCUGCUCCUGACUCACCGCUGUUCGCUCUCGCCGAGGAACAAGUCGGUCAGGAAGCCGCGCCGCAGCCAUGGCUUUUAAAGACACCGGGAAGACCCCCGUGGAACCGGAGGUGGCGAUUCACCGAAUUAGAAUCACUCUAACCAGCCGCAACGUAAAAUCUUUGGAGAAGGUGUGUGCCGACUUGAUCAGAGGCGCCAAGGAAAAGAAUCUCAAAGUGAAAGGACCGGUUCGGAUGCCCACCAAGCCCGGAACGGUUCCUUGGUGUCCCUUUGACCGUCAUGCCCCUGACGCUUCUGAAGAUUCCAGGCACCGAAAUUUGGAUACUUUCCUUACCCCACGUGGGCUGCGGCACCUCAUUCGGGGCCGCCUCCUGCAAGCGUGCCCUCCUGCACGGAGACCCUCCACUUGGGCCGGACGCCCCAAGCCCGACUGCCCUUGCCAUCGCAGUGACGCCACCUCACCCUGCUCGGGCUCCGGCACCCUGGCACCGGGGCCCCCACCCAGGCAGCACCCCUCACCCCACUGAGGCGACAGCACCUUGCGCUGGGCAGCCCCUCCACGGACACCCACCUCACCCUGCUCCGGUGCUGACAACCUGCAAUGCGAGCGUCGCGGCGCCCCACUCCCCGGGCGGCUGGUCUCACGCAAAGGCUGACUUGCUCAGGGAGAGAGGGAUCACGGGAAAAAGGACAAGCUUCGGAUGGUGUUCAGAAACGCGUCUUAGUAUCUGUACGUGAGUCGUAGCCGAACCGGCUGACGAACUGAAGUCCUUUUACUUAAGCAGAAAGCACAAACCGUAAGCACAAAAGCGUUCUCGUUUACAUCAUGAAUCCCAAAGGAGUAUUUUGAAGUGUUAAAACGGGUGGUCACAUUUGACUGUGAUUAUUUUAAAAACAUGCGCAGGGAAUUCACUCAGUCUUCAACAUUUUCUAUGUAUACACAAAAAUGAAACCAAUAAAAAUUAUCGUGUAAGACA